AAGGAGCAAGCAACAGUUUGGAAGCCUUCGAAUGGAAGAAGAUUGGUUCCACUCUCAUGGGAAUACCAGUAAGUUUAGGGACCACCAACGGGGUUGACACGUUUCCACAAACAGUCAUGAAGAUAGCAGGACUUGAGCGAACGUUCUUCUUGAAAUUAACAUCUCCGGGGAUUGUUCGAGAUCUCGGAAGCGGACGUUGAUAAGGUUACAGCUGUACGUAGGUGUCUCCUAGAAAUGAGUACAUUUUUUGAAGAAAGUAAGUGUUUAUGUGAAAAUCGCAAUAUCGACUGAACGUGAAAGAGGAACAUUCGAGCCGUCUUAUUUCAUUCCCGUGACCGUUGGCGAUGACACUGAAUGUGCUGGCCGUGCUGAUUGGCAUCACGCUCUGCCAAAUGUCAAACGCUCAUAAGGUGAUCCACCUACCAAAAUGUUGUCCCCGAGUCGAUCAGAUCUUGGACAAUAACCAAAGAUGUGUCCAAAUUCCCGACCAUGUGUCAAGGAGAAAGCACAAACUUUUGGGCAAAUUGAAAGACGAGGUGUGCCGAAUACACAACGAAGAUCCCACCCAAAGUGAUAUUUGUUCCCAAAGAGUUGAGUUAAAAUGGACCACUGAUGAUUCCUCCCGAUCCAUGGACCCCAAAAUCUUGCGGUGUCCGAAGCGGAUGCAAUUCGAGUUCAACGUCAUAGAUGUGCGAGCUCAGGAUGGGAAAGUGUUUAUUCAAGGUCCAUCUGGUGCCAUUUGGGUGGAUCUAAAUGACAUACCAGGAUCUUGCAUCGAUAUGGCCAUUUUGCCUUUAGAACUAGUCGAAGGGCCCAUUCUUAGAGUGUGUUCGUCUUUGUUAAACGAUGAUAUCGCGACAGUUAGUGACCUAACGGGCGGGUCAGUGACCAAAUGUUGCCCUGUGGGACAAGUUUUAGACGCUCGGGACGAAUCUUGCGUUCCACUUCCGGUUCACUUGAAGGAAAUGAGUCAUGCCUGGUUGCCCAUUCGAAGCGUCAGGCAUCCUUCCACGGGAGCUAUGUACGCCCGCAGUUCACUCAAGAUCCUGGCACACCCCUUCCGAAAGGUUUGUCCUAACUCCCAGGUUCAAAUGGACGAGCCUGUAUUCAUUCUAUCGAAUGGAAAAGCCGUCAUUAGAGACCGCGACGCUUCCACAUUCACGCAUGUCAAUUACACGUGUGCGGACCGAUAUUUGAUUCGAACUUCCUCGGCGACAAGAGGGGUAAGGCAAGAGGGCAUUAGUGCUCUGACCACGUUUCGAUGCACCCACCCAUUUUCCUCGUCAAUUGAGCAAGGAAACAUGUGGAGCAAUGAUCCAAAUUCCAAGGCCAUUGAACAUGCCCCAGCUGCAUCUUCAUCCGUUUUGAUGGAAGUGUGUAAUGAAGCCCAUGAUCUCUGUAUCCCCAAGUGUUGUGCUUUGGACCAAGUCUUUCAUAGGACCUUGAGUAAGUGUAUACCACACCCCCAAAAUGGCUCCUUUGCGCCCAAGUUUCACCAGGACACUUAUCCACAUAACACACUAGACUCAAUUCCACACCAUUAUGUGCUGGAACGGCAAUUCUACUUUUUGAAUAACAAUGAGUGCAGCGAGAACAACUUUACCAACUUGGAAGAGAAGAACAUCUCAAUCAAGCUAUUGUCCAACGGCAUGAUCCAUGUGGAUGCACUUGAGGGGGCUUGGCGGUCCCAAUUCUGCGUGGACAACUUCUUCGACGAGGUAUCCAAUCAGGUCAAGUUCUCCGGAUUCAAGUGCAUUGACUCGUUGAGCGAUUACGUGGCCUCCGAGGACCUGACGCCUCCCACGGGCAAUCUAGAGAGUGCUUUCCGCUUGGUGUAUAUCAUUUGUGGUAGCUUCAGUGCGCUUUUCCUGGUGAUCACGGCGCUCAUCUACGUGUCUCUGCCUCAUUUGAGGAACCUCCACGGCAAAUUGGUGUUGUCCAAUGUGAUCUCGAUUUUCCUAACCACCUUGGUGUUACUCUUUCUCUUCAAUGUGGCGCCCCAAAGUAUGCAACCCGGUCCACAUUCUCCGAGACAUGCGGAAUUCCUUAUCUUCCUCAGCGACCGGGACUGCAAGCUUGUAGGCUACGCGGUCUACUACUUGGGCAUCUGUAUGUUCGUGUGGAUGACCAUCAUGUGCGUGGAUGCCUGCUGGACCUUUGCAAUGGCCAAGAUCCCAAAGAAACGCUCCGAGGGGUUUAUGUUUCUGAUUUAUUCUAUCAUAGGUUGGGGCUCACCUAUGUUGUUGACUUCUUUGCUCUUCGCUGUAGACUCAGGCAUGUUUGCCAUUCCAUUUUUGAGGGGAUCCAUGCCCAAUAUGGGCACAGACUCGUGUUUCUUGUCGAUGCAAGGGGUUCGAUAUUACUUCUAUAUUCCCGUGUUCCUCUUGCUCAUGGUGAAUGGCGUCAUGUUCGUGAUCACCUACCAUUCCAUUCGGAAAUCUUUGAAAUUCUCCAAGCAAGCCGGACUCAAGCGCAUUUCUACGGCCAAAGGCAGGGGAUCCCAUCGUGUGAUGACCGCUCUCCGUUGUGAUAGCAAUCGAUCCACCACCUCUCCCCGAACAACAAUAUCCACCACCACCACCACCACCACCACUAGCGCAACCACCACCAACAAAGUGGCUGACUUGUCACGCGAGGAAUUCAGCUUGUUCGUGAAACUCUUUGUCAUUAUGGGAUUGUCUUGGGCCCUGGAAAUAAUUCACAUCGAGCUUCAUGGGGACCACUCUGCUCCAGAUGGAUACUCCAAGACUGUUGAGGUCCUCUUCCGGAUUGGCGGCAUCUUCAACGUGUCUAGAGGCAUCUUCAUCUUCUUGGUCUUCAUUUGUAAGCGCUCAAUUUUGGUCUCGUUGGAAAAUCGCUAUCCUAAACUGCUGACCGCUUUCAAAUGGUGUUGUUGCUGUUGUUGUUUCCGACCCCAGAACGGACCGAGCAGCAACAAUUCGGUCACGUUAAUGGCUCGCACCAUGAUACCCUUGCAAGAUAACACUGAAUGCCUCACUUCCACGGGCCGACCUCGAACUUUGGGCAGCUUCGCCACGCCCAAUGAUUAUGACGAUGAGAGUAGUUUGCCGUUGGCCACGCCCACCUUUCACGACGAGGCACCUUCUUCGUUCUCCUCCUCGACUUCAUCCGAUCUGCGAUUAGCACUGGAAAUCGAGUCGCCCGGUACCAACAUACAACGCCACUCCUCGAAGGGACCAAAACCAUUAGCGAGUAUUAAAAGGUAUUCGUUUUUCCAUUCCAAAACCUCCGAUAAGAAGAGGAACAACAACAACAACCGGAAGAGUGUCCACAUCGUGGACAAUCAUCCCAAGCGGAGGUAUUCCACGACCAAAAAUCUCAAAGGGAGCAGUUUUAAGGCCUCCAGUUUGCUCUUGGAAGCAUGAAAAAGAUCUCUCUUAUGAACCAACUGAUUGUGUUAUUGUCAACGAUACCUUGGACGCUCUCUCUUGUCUCUCGAUUGACACUCAAAUUGAGAACAAAACUAUGGACACAGGUAUAUUUUAAAUAGAACUAUUUAUGUACUUCUUCUUCUAAUAAAUUUGACACUUGGCCAGGCACUUU